AAAGGUAAUUGAAACCAUCCUAAAGCUCCUUUUUCAUUAAUCCAGAGAUAGACUCGAUUAUUGCUGACUUAAGCAUUGGAGUGUCUACCCCGAGGACCCACCUCGGGGCUUUGUAGGUUCAUCCAAAGUGAAGACGUAGAUUGAAGAAGGAUCUCUCAUUUGGUGCAAUUACAUUUGGCACCGCCUGUGGGAAUCCGAACUGAAAGCUUUCUUGUUGCUCUUUCAUCAUGGUUAACACUCGAUCAGUCCGAGCUGGAAAUCCAUCUCUGCCUCUUGGACAAGGUCAACUCCCCGACAACCUCCCACCUCAGCUCCCACCUCAACUUCCACCUCAGAUCCCAAAUAUGUUCCCUCCUGUUGAUCAUGCAGAAGGAGGAGAUGAAAACCAACCUCAUAACUCAACUCACAACUCAACUUCCACCGCCAACCAAGAUGUAGUCACAACUCAGCUUACUGCCAUGCAACAACAGUUUGGUGUCUUUCAGUUAGUACUGUCUCAGCUCUUAGCUCGGAACAAUCCUGCUGAACAGCGAGGUGCCCCACCUCCACACCAUGCUGCUGACUCCAUACCUCACCCUCUAAACACCAACAUCACACUGGAACCUUAUCCCGCUGGCUUCAAAAUACCUCAACUUGAGACUUAUGAUGGGACGAAGGAUCCUGAUGAUCACCUACAUGCUUUCUACUCUUGUAUGCAAGCCCAGAAUGCCUCUGACGCGUUGAUGUGCAAAAUCUUUCCCUCUACUCUCCGAGAUAAUGCUCGAACUUGGUAUUACAGUCUGCCUUCGAGGUCAAUCAGCUCUUAUACAGAAAUGGCAUCUGCCUUUGUCACAACGUUUUCCAGUAGAAGAUUAAAUGAUGCAGUACUGGAAGUCAGCUCCUUCGACCAGGCUGUGGGAAUUGUAGCUGUGAUCUCAGGUCUUAACCAUAACAGAUUUAGAGAUAGUCUGCUCAAGUAUCCUGCCACCACCUUUAGCGAGCCAACCCCCUCUAAGAACCAAAAUCCAGACUGGAGAGAUGAGAAUCAGAGCAGGAAACGGAUGCGGACAGCACAGAACCGAGGGAGUGCACCAGACAUCAUGUACUUCCACUGUUUUGAGAGUCUUGGGCUGAAUCUAGCUUUGUUACAGCGAUAUAAUGGUCGCAUCUAUGGAUUCAACAACCAACCAGCUCCAGUUGAAGGAGUCUUAACCAUGAAUGUUGCAUUCGGAAGUGGCCGAACCUAUGUGACUCCUUCAGUUCGGUUUUUAGUAGUCAAGAUGGCGUCCUCUUUCAACGUUGUUAUUGGCCGACCCACAUUGACUGAAAUCCGAGCUGUGGUUUCCCAGUCUCACCUCUGCAUGAAGUUCCCAACUCCUAUGGGAAUAGCGACACUACGAGGCAACCAGGAGGUGGCUAGACAUUGCUAUAUCACCUCGGUCACACGACCUCAGAAGGGCAAAGAUCAGACAUACGAGGCCAUUCCCCAACGGAUUCCUGAUAAUCAGCAAGUCAUGGGUGUUGAGAUAGUAGAUAACAGACCAAAAGAUGAAACCAGAGCUGCUCUAAUCGAAGAUGUCGAGGAAGUGCCCAUUGACGACAGAGAUCCAAGCCGAAAAAUAAACCAAUGGCCUAGAAGCGACGUCUCUUCGGGGGGGGAGAGGCUUCAGGCCAUAAAGGAAGAGGUAGAGAAGCUUCUACAAGUUGGUUUCAUCAGAAAAGUUGAUUAUUGCGAAUGGGUGGCUAACCCAGUACUGGUGAAAAAGGCAAAUGGUAAAUGGCGAACAUGCAUCGACUACACAAAUUUUAACCAAGCCUGCCCCAAGGAUUGCUAUCUAAUGCAGAGCAUUGAUAAAUUGGUUAAAGCGGCUUUAGGUAAUGAGAGAUUAAGUCUCUUGGAUGCAUAUUCUGGGUAUCACCAGGUGCCGAUGGCUCCAAAAGAUGAAGAGAAAACCUCGUUCUACAUUGGUGAUGAAAUCUAUUGCGAUGUCAUGAUGCCAUUUGGCUUAAAGAACGCAGGAGACCAUCUAGCUGAUCUUGAUGAAACUUUCAACAAUCUUAGAAAGAACAAAAUGCGGUUAAACCUAGCCAAAUGCAUCUUCGGCGUGGAGUCUGAAAAAUUUCUAGGCUUUAUGGUUUCCCGAAGAGGGAUUGAGGUCCAUCCAAAAAAGAUCAGAGCAAUUGCCGAGAUGGAACCGCCAAAGUCAAUGAAAGAUAUACAGAGGUUGACUGGAAGGGUGGUAGCUCUUCAUCGGUUCAUAUCGAACUCACCACCUCUACUGACUAAGGCCAUAGAUAGAGAGAUUCUCUAUUUGUAUCUGGGAAUUUCAGAUGAAGCCAUUAGUUCGGUUCUGGUGAGAGAGGAAGCCAAACAACAGAAGCCAAUCUAUUACAUUAGCAGUGUGUUGCAUGGCGCAGAAUUGAGGUAUCCUAUUGCCGAGAAAGCAACAGAAGCAGUCAUUCUGCAAAAGCCAGAGUGCUCUCGAAGAUUAAUUAAGUGGGUAGUAGAACUGGGGGAAUUCGAGAUAACAUUUCAACAGAGAUCUGUAAUCCGAGCUCAAGCAUUGGCAGAUUUUAUUGUAGAAUGCACUCCAUGUCAUUCAACCCUUAAUCUAGAGCCCAACGACUGGACCUUAUAUGUUAAUGAGGCAUCUAGUAGCAAGGGUUCAGGAGCUGGUGCUCUCUUGAUUGGCCCAGAUGGAUACCGAAGUGAGCAUACUCUGAAAUUUAACUUCGAUGCAACAAACAACAUGGCUGAGUAUGAAGCUCUGCUACUUGGUCUACUGCUAGCAUUGGAGUUGAAAGUCAGGGCGAUCCAAGUGUACAGUGACUCCCAGCUGGUGGUGAAUCAAAUCAACUCAAUCUGCGAAGUCGUCGAUCCUGUGAUGAUGAAAUAUGUAGCCCUAGUGGCCAAGCUGAAGUGCAAAUUCCAGAAGUUCUGUUUGAGCAAAAUUCCCCGAAUUGAGAAUGAACAGGCAGAUUCACUCUCUAAAUUUGCCUCUGAUAGCUCUUUAAGUUCCAGAUCAGUUUUUGUGGAGGUCUUAGAUGAACCAAGCUUCAUGAAGCCACGGAUGAUGGAGAUCAGCACAGACCCAGACACGCCAAGCUGGACUGACUCGAUUAUCUCCUUUUUACGAGACGAGACAGUACCUGAAGACAAGCAAGAGGCAAUGAGGUUGAGGAAGAAAGCAUCUCGGUAUACACUUGUUGAUGGGGUCCUCUAUAAGAGAUCUUUCUCACUCCCUCUUCUACGAUGCUUGAAUCCUUAUGAAGCGGAGUACGCACUUCGGGAGGUACAUGAAGAGAUGCCCAAAGUGCCAAUUCUUUGCACAUCUGACUCACCAACAACAGAAGAGCUCACGAACUUGGUGGCACCAUGGCCAUUUGCUCAGUGGGGACUGGAUCUUUUGGGCUCAUUCGUGAAAGGGGUUGGUGGUGUAACCCAUCUGAUUGUUGGUGUGGAUUAUUUUACAAAAUGGAUUGAAACUCGGCCAUUAUCCAGUUUUACCUCCAAGAAGGUCGAAUACUUUGUUUUCAGCUCGAUCAUCUGCAGAUAUGGGAUCCCGAAUCAAAUUGUGGCUGAUAAUGGAACUCAAUUCAACUGCUCCUCAUUCCGAGAUUUUUGUUCCAGCUACGGGAUCAAAUUGCAGUUCACCUCGGUUUACCAUCUGGAGUCCAAUGGUGAAACACCCUACCACUUGGCCUUUGGUACCGAAGCAAUCAUUCCUAUUGAAAUAGGAGUCCCAAGCUUCCAAGUCACCCAUUUCGAUGAAGGACGAAAUGGACAGCUGCUUCAGGAAAACCUUGAUCUGCUUGCUGAAGCUGGCCUAACAGGGUUUGAAACUCGUUUUGGCAAACUGGCCCCAAAUUGGGAAGGCCCUUAUACUGUGGCCGAGGUGCCACAUCCUGGUGCCUAUGUCCUCCAAGACGCUGAAGGAAAGAGAGUUACUAGAGUCUAGAAUGUCAAUAACUUGAAGAAAUUUUACCCCUAAUAUACUUCUUCUUUCAAGUGAUCUAUGUCUUAUUGCCCUUUAUACUUAUUACUUCGUGAUUGUUAAGAUUCAUUUUACCUCUUACUCUGUGUAUCCAAGGUCAAUUUGCUUAACACUCAUUCCUUGAACUUCACUUCUACUAAUGAAUGUCAUUUCGCAUA